AUGACCCUUCGAAAGAUCAAUUUUGUGACUGGAAACGCGAAAAAGUUGCAAGAAGUCAAGGAGAUUUUAAAGGGGUUUGAGGUCACCAAUGUGGACGUCGAUCUGAACGAGUAUCAAGGAGAGCCCGAAUUCAUUGCUCAGAAAAAGUGUCAAGAGGCGGUCGAAGCGGUCAAGGGACCAGUUUUGGUCGAGGACACGAGUUUGUGCUUCAACGCAAUGGGCGGUCUCCCAGGACCAUAUAUCAAGUGGUUCUUGACAAAUUUGAAACCCGACGGACUUUACAAUAUGUUGACUGGUUUCGCCGACAAGACCGCCUACGCUCAGUGCAUUUUCGCCUACACCGAGGGACUCGGAAAGCCGAUUCACGUUUUUGCUGGAAAAUGCCCGGGACAAAUUGUCGCGCCACGUGGCGACACCUCAUUCGGCUGGGAUCCAUGCUUCCAGCCGGACGGUUUCGAGGAAACCUUUGGAGAAAUGGAUAAGGACGUCAAAAAUGAGAUUUCGCAUCGAUCCAAAGCGCUGGACCUUCUAAAAGAGUACUUUGAGAAGAAUUGA